AUGGACGAACUGUUGGUGGUAAUUCAUGACCGGGCAGACCAUUCAAAACGAUCGCUUUCCAUACCGUUUUCUCUGAAUGACACAGUCCAAAGUAUUGAAGAAAAGAUUAGUACAAAAACUGGAAUACCACCAGAUUUGCUCAAGGCAAGUGAAUAUUGCUUGAAUGUCGUGCUAUGUGGACGUGCAUUAGAGCGGACGACAUUUUUGAGGGAUCUUCUGUUAGGACCAACGACGUCUCUCAUUGUCUUCGUUGAAAAUCGCCAGUCUUCAACAUUGUCCACGAACGCCUCUGCUGGGGACACUCCAUUGGUUCGUAAUACACCGGAGAUUGGGUCGUUCUAUGUAUGGUGCAAAAAAUGCAAUGACGUCCAGCGGGCUAAACUUCGGGUCUACUGCAGCGAAUGCUCUUCGUCUGCUUUGUUGGUGAAGAGAGAGCCGUCGUGUUGGAAAGAUGUCUUGAGGAGCCGCCAGAUCGAGGUUCACUGUGCCGACUGUAACGCCAACUCUUACGCUGCAUUCUCUUUCAAGUGCAUCAAAUGUAAUGAGGUAGGAGCGGUCCUUUCUCACAUACGUGGUAAUUGGGAGCAUGCUGAGUGUAGUGUCUGCUUAGAUGAGCACACCACAUACCUUUUUGAUUUUGGUUGCCGUCAUUUGGUCUGCCGUCAGUGCUUAUAUGAAUGCUUAGCCUUCGCGCUGAAGGAAGGUCGCUUCGUUUUUCGCCCACUCUUCGGCUAUACAAUCGCCUGCCCAUAUCCAGGCUGUGAAAGGUGUAUCGCUGAUGCGCACCAUUUUCGAAUAUUGGGUAACGAGAAGUACCAGCAGUAUCAAAAAAUUGCUGCUGAGAAACUUGUUGAGCUGGACGAUCGAGGGGUAUUUUGUCCUUAUCCUGAUUGUAAUUCAUCGUUUUUUUGGGAGAUUGAAAACGAUGACGGGAAAACGUCGUGUCCAGAUUGCCUUCGUCUUUUCUGCAGGCUUUGCAAAUCUGCUGAUUGUGUCUGCGGUGGAGACGAUCCGACAACAAUCACCAUACAAGCCACGACCAAAAAAUGUCCCGGCUGUAAGGUGAACACCGAGCGGAACGAAGGUUGCACUCAUAUCCAUUGCACCAACUGUGGCAUGGACUGGUGUUUCAUAUGUGUCGGACCGUGGACCGAAGAUUGUCAAUGGAAUCAUUGGUUUGAUUGA